AUGUUCGAGGCACGACUUGUCCAAGCCUCAAUCCUGAAGACGAUGCUGGAGGCGCUGACAGACCUGAUGACAGAAGCUCAAUGGGAUGUUAGCUCAUCGGGCAUUUCAUUACUGAGUAUGGCAGUGUGUGACAAUUCACACAGUUCACUUGUGCAACUGACUCUCAAAAGUGACGGAUUCGACACGUACAGAUGUGACCGCAAUCGCGCAAUGGGGGUCAACGUGAGCCGCAUGUCCGCAAUCCUCAAGUGUGCCGGGAAUGAAGACGCCGUUACGCUCCGUGCUGAAGACGAUGCCGACGUCCUGACCCUCGUCUUCGAGACGACCAAUCAGGAGAGAGUGUCAGACUGUAAGCUGGCACUGAUGGACUUGGAUGUGGAUCAGCUGGGUGUUCCGGAGCAGGAGUACAGCUGCGUUGUUACGAUGCCCUCUGCUGAGUUCGCCAGGAUCUGCCGCGACCUGUCGCUGAUCGGAGACGCCGUCGCGAUCUCCUGUGCCGGGGACGGCGGCGUUCAAUUCUCAGCCGCCGGCGAGUUUUGCUCCGUCAACAUCAAGUUGCCCCCGACCAGCGGCAGCGAGGAGGACGAAACGGUAACUAUUGAGAUGAAGGAGCCAGUGCAGCUCGUCUUUGCCCUGGACUACCUAAACAUCUUCACCAAGGCCACUCCGCUAUCCAAAACCGUCACCCUCAGCAUGUGCGCAGAUUUCCCCCUUGUGGUGGAGUACGAGAUUGCAGACAUGGGUCACGUCAAAUACUACUUGGCCCCGAAGCUCAACUACGAGGAGCAGGAGCCCCCAGUUGACGAGGAGGAGCCCCCGGUCGACCAGAAUUCCCUGAUCGCAGAAUGUUAUGCUUAG